AUGCCAAUACUUGCGUUACGGCCGUGCUCUCGGGCGUCACGAUGAGACGACGCUGCGGCGAUAUGGCUUCUUGUCAGUCGACCCCUGGCUGCCAGUGUGAUGCGAGCGACACAGAGCAGCUCGCUAAGCAGGGUGCACUACUGGCGGCCCCGUGUCGCUCCGCAGGGCGAUUUGGGAGCGGACGGUGCACACUUGCAUGCUGCCGUGCACGGGGGCGUUCGUUGCGGCGACUGCUUCGCCCUCGUCUUCUUAUAUUCCGUUCUUGUGACAGGCAGGAUCACUGCCAAAGCGCCCACCACACGUGGUAUGUGCCGGGCUCAUGCUGACGUCGCGUGGGUGUGCCUUCCGCGGAAGCACGCGCGUCAGCAGGUGUCGGUCCUAAAUUUUCAAUGAAUCAGUAGUGCAAGGCCUGUCAGCCAUCACGCCCCCGUCAGCGUCACGGUCAGCAAGUCCUGAUGGCAGGAAAGACGCGAUUUGCUGACGGCCAAGGAAGGUUAUUCGGCAGCCA